AUUUUCCCAAGUACUUGGUACAGUACUCUGGAUGCAGUGAGCACUCAAUAAAUACAAUUGAUUGAUAAUUCUCUGCUUUGCAAUCAUUGGCUAGAAGCGAUCGUGCAGGUUUCCUUGUACUAAAGUUCACUUAAAGAAAAUCUUGCAAAAUCCUAGCCAGGGAUGAAGAUCUAAUUUCAAAAUAAAUCCCAUUAUUUGUUGCUAAACAUGUCCUAUUUCAUGCCCGGAAGGCACUUUGUCACUUUGGGAUGAUUGAAUUAGAAAUGACUCUUUUGCAAACCAAGAUAGGUUCAACUGAGGUAGGAAAAUGCUGCAAUUAACUCUUAUGAAGUCUGUGACAUUGUUAGGCAAGUAUGAAUAUAUGGAAGAAGAAACUUGAACAUUUUUUUCUUUAACAAAGGGGAAAAGGCUGGAAGUAAAUUUAAAGGAAAAAACCUUCACGUAGUUUCUUGAUUCAAGGAGAAAAAAAGAAGAGCCAUAUUUUCCAGGAAGUCGAGUUACGAUCCUAGUAAGAGAUAGCAACAGUGAAAUGUCAGAUGCUGCUUCGGCAUCUCUCUGUCCAAACGCACCAUUUCAACCUGCACCAGAAUGAAUGAAGUCUACAGUCAGCCUUCUCCUCGGUCAGUCAACACUGGAUCUCCUGCCACUAUGAAAUUUCUCCUGGGUUUUCUUACUGUCUUUGUCACCGCUCAGAUCAUCGCGACGGCACUUUUUGGUAUAUAUCUUCACAGGAGGUUGGAUAAGGUAAAAGAUGAGAUGAGUCUUCACGAAGAUUAUGUGUUCAUGAAGACAGUACAAAAAUGUCACAAUGGAGGGGCAUCCUCAACAUUACUAAACUGCGAAGAGAUAAGGCACAGGUUCCAAAAGCUUCUUGAGGUUAAGGAGAAAGAGGAGAAAGGAGAAGCAUUUCUCAAGCAAACAGAUGAACAGAAGCAUCCAAUUGCAGCUCAUCUUAUAGGGGUUAAAAAUAAUGAGUCAGCAUCUGUUUUACAGUGGAUGAAGAAGGGACGUUUUACCAUGAGCCACUUGCUAUCCUACAAAGCUGGGAAACUGACAGUCGAGAGGCCGGGACUCUACUAUAUCUAUACCCAAGUCGGCUUCUGCUCCAAAGACGUAGCCACAGAGAAGGAGCCAUUUGUGACUUACCUUUACCUGAGCCAGAAAAGUGGAGCCGUGAGUCCUUUACUCAAGGGAGCCAAUUCCCAGACAUCAACGCAACACUGUGGUCUUCAGUCCAUUCACAUAGGAGGAGUCUUUGACCUGCAACAAGGCGUCUCGGUGUUCGUUAGAGUGACCAAGUCAAGUCAAGUAUUUUAUGAUUCUGAAUUGACGUAUUUUGGCUUAAUUAAACUAUGAUGAAUAUAA